AGGGGAAGCGGGAAAGGCGGUUUAACUGUCAAAACGAGGCGCGGGAAGAGAAAAGCUGAGUAAAAAACAAGUCUCCCGAAAGUCGCCCGAAGAAGAAAGGAUGUAAAGAUGGUGUUCUGGUUUUAUAAUCCAGCAGUUAAGUAAUCCAACAGAGAAUUGGUCUAUGGUCUGAUAAAAGAUUAGAAGAACCAGACCUGUCAUGGCUAUUAUUAGUGGAAAAGCAGUCGUCCCCCUGUUUGAUGGUAGCAUCUGUGGCAUAGCACCAAAAUCAGGGUCACUUCUUGCUGGUGUUUACAUGAUUUUAGUGACCAACAUGUAUCUUAUCUUUGAGUUUGGACACCUAACCAUUGCAUCAAAUAAGUUGGGAAAAACUGAAAAGGACAGCCUAAUGGGGAUUAUUCCAUAUUGCUAUUGCAUAGCAAUAGUUUUGGCUUUCAUAACUUAUCCUAUAUGUUUCUAUUAUUUAUAUUGUAUCUACAAGAGAAUAACUGUAGGUCUGUAUGUGUACUUUCUUUGGAUAAUCUUUUAUGAUAUAGCCAACUUAGUCAUUCUAGUCUUGAUUCACAGGGCUGCACACCUAUCUACAUUUAAAGUCAGUAAUUUAGAAUGGUUUGGAUUGGCCAGUAGGAUUCCCGUGGACUGUUUUUGGCUUUCUUUUGUUUUAACAUAUCUUAAGUUGCUUAUUGAAGGAAGAAGUACAGGGAGGAUAUCAAUGAAGCCAAGGCAGAUAGCAAGACAGGUUGCAGAACCGCCUAAGUUUAGAUUGGGUAUGAGUGCUAAGAGAGUUCAGUGGUAGCUAUCAAAUUAGUGUUCUAUGCAAUUAUGAACACCAGGCCUCCACAAUGCAUGGCAUAUAAAAAAAUGCACAAUUAAUAUAUCUGUAUCUAUUUGCUGUUUGAUACCUUUGCCUACGCAGAACAAUAAAAUUUGGAUGAUUGUCAGGAACCUGGCAGGCCAUAAUAAAUGGUAACUUCAGGACCAAUAUAUGUAUUUAUGAAUCCUAAGUAAUGUUUCACAUUGUUUUAUUUCACUAUCUUAUUGGGGUGAUCUAAAAGUCUUUAAUAAAGAUAAAUUUAAUAACUACUGUA